AUGUCUUGGUAGCUCAAUCUUUUGAAUUAAUUUCAUGAUAAAGUCAUUAAUCAAAGAGUUAAGCAAAAUCCUAACUAUAUAUACUAAAAUAAUGUUUUAAAUAUUGAUAGAGCUUACGAAAAUGAUGAAGAAUAACUCCUAUUGGACCUUUUUCGUAAAAAUAAGUUGCUGACAAGUUCAUGGCACACUCCUAGUAUAGCAUAUAUAGAUUAGCUAGAUCUAUAAUCUAGAUAAUAACUUUAAAAUGUCUCUAGCCUUGAUAGUAUUUGGAGAGCUAUUGUCUAUGACAAUAACUUGAAUGAUAUUUCAAAUAAUAGAAAACUAAAAUUUAGAGAUAUUUUUGUAGGAUUUGACUAUGAUGGAAUGGUAUACAUGACUGCUAUAAAUACUACAUAUUAAAAUAUGUAAUUACCUCCUGGAUGUGUAAGGUAAAAAUAUGUAUUCGAUGUUCGUUGUAGGUACUACUAUGAAAAUACUAAAAAUCAAAUUUCUUUGUAAAUGUAUUAACCUAAUCUUUUGUAUACUGAUGGUAAUCCUUUUAUAGCUAGUGUUUUGUGCUAAAAAUUAAUGAAAACAAAUAAUUAAAAUAGCACAUCUUUGCAUUCUAUUAUUUGCAAUGAUAUUGACUUGACAUAGAUUCCAGAAUAUUUUUCCAAUUUUAACAAGGAAUCUUCUAUUCAAAUAGUUUUAGACCCUAAUUCAUUAGAAAUAAUUUACCACUCUUAAAUUUAAACUCAAAGACAAUAGAUUUUUAAUCUUAAAAACAUAUCUCUUAUCUAGUCUGACUCAAACUAAACAUAAGUAACUGAUGUAAGCAGCUCAGACUAAGAAUAGCAAGAAAUGCUUAUUUAAUUCAUACAAAAUAAUUAUUAGAAUUGGAGUUUGAAUUAAUAUAAUAACAUUAAUAUGAUUGAAAUUUAAGAUAAAUAAGAGAAUCUAAAAACAUAUGAAAUUAAUUUUAAUAGUGGAAGUCACUACUUUAUAGUUAUGAAUGUAGUUAAACUCAUAGAUAAGAUUCCUUCUUAUGAAAUGAAAUUAAAUAAUAUUCCUAAAUACUAAACAGAAAGAGCUAUUCUCUAUAUGAAUAUCUUAUCCAAGGAAGUGCUUACUAAAGACAUGACUAAACUUAAAGACGAUGUCACAAAAUUUUUUAUCUAUUUCACUUGUUUCUCGAUUUUUGGAUUUGUUGUGAUUCUCUUAUUUAUAAUACUAAAAGCAAAUGUUAUUUCAUUAAGCAUAAUUAAUGGUGUUAAACAUUUAACCAAAGUUCUCUCUAAAAUAAAAUGGGAAACAAGUGAAGAAGGAAAUGUCUAAUUUUAAGAUUUAAUUGAAACUAAUUUAAAUAUUGAAUCUAUUUUUUUAUCUAAAGAAAUGCAAAUACUUUAUGGGAGCUUUUAAAAUCUAUUUAAAACUUUGCAUUACACUACUUCAAACAUUUAUAGUUAAAGUGAUGGGCAUAAUUUAUUAAAUCUAAACAUGCAAUUAUAGUAUUUCGAAUAAUUUUAAAAUUUUAGAGCACUUGGAGUUUGCAAAAAUAAUAUAGGCAAUAUACAUUAUAAUUCUGGUAGAUAUUUUGAGGCUAUGGAAUCAUACUAGAAAGCUAUUAUUUGUUCAAAUUAUGACUUAGGAUUAUAUAAAGAGAAUAUUUAAUAAGAAGAGCAUUAGGAAAUCUAUUAAGGUAAUCUUAGUGAAAGUAGUAAAAGGAAGGGGAGUUUGUAUAAAUAUGAUUUUCGUUCUGAAAAAUCAGAUAGAAGUGAUAAAGAAAUUACAUACUGGAAUCACUUUAAUAGAAAAAUGAAUUACUUGAAGGCUUUUUUGUCCUAUUUAAAUGAAAAUAAUUAAGACCAUUUAUGGAUAUGUGCUGAGAACUUAGUAGAAGAGCUUAUUUAAAUAAGUAAGACAUAGUUAUUUAAUUGCUACAGUAGACAAAUUGUUCUACUCUACUAUAAAUCAGUAACUCUAUUCAAACAAGGUAAGAUUGAUUUAUAUGAAUAAAAUUUGAAUAGAGGAAUAAAGAAGUACAAUAAAUAUCUUGCCCUAAAAUGCAGAGUCCUUAAUAGCUUUGUAUAUUAACCUUCUCUGAUAUUGAAUUCUCCUCCCUUUAAAUAAUAUCAAACAAUUAAUUCAAAUAAACAAUUUUAACUAUCUCCUCAACCCUUAUAAAAUAACAUCUAGAAUGCUUUUAUUCAAUCAAAUUCUUAAUAAGUUAACAAGCAGUUUUCUCAUAACUAAUUAAAUACUUCUUAGAAUAUAAAAAUAUGUUCACCACAAAUGUAAAAGGAAAAAACUCUAUCUAGCUUUACUCAUGCAAGAAUUACCACCUAUUCCGCUGCUAAUGAAAACUAACCUAAAACUCUAGCUGAUUUACCUAAUUUAGUCGCUUCAAAUAAUUUAAAUGAUGUCUCUUAAUAAGAUUGCUAACCAUAGUUACCUAGCCAUAUCAACUAAAGUAAUUGUUAAAUUAACUGCAAAAUUUCUAAUGGCAAAAGCAUGAGUUUAUAAUAAUAGUAGUAUUCUUCAAACUAAAUAAAUAUAAAAUCUACCAAUCCCAGUUCAAUAAAUUAGCAGAGAUCAACCUAACCUAAUUCUUAAUGUUAAUUAAAAUCAUUAUAAAGUAAAAACGAACUAAUAAAUAACUCAAAUAUAGUCUUAUAAAAUAACAAUAAUGAAAUCAAUUUAUGUUAAGAUUUAAAUUUGUAAAAUACUACAAUUCUAAAUGUGAAUGAUUUAAAUUAAAAGAUGACAAAGCAAAAUACUCCUAUUUCUUCUAUUUAAAAUUUAAAUGAAACUGACAAAAAAAUACCUCACUCAAAUAUUUAAUUACUUUUAACUUAAGAAAUAGAAUAAACCAAACAUAAAAAGUAUACAAACAACGGAAAUCAAUUUGACUUGGAUUCAAAUCUUAAAAAUGCAAACAAAUUAUAGUAAAUAAUUCAAACAAAUUAAGCUAAUUAGAACUAGAAUAAUCAGAAUUAAGGAUUUUCAUUUUAAAAAAAAUACAAGUCUUAGCCAUAAAACGUACAAUAAUUUAAAUAAAUUAAAGAACAAGAUUCCUAUAAUAAAGAAAAUAAAGAUAACACUACUCCUACAAAUAUUUUAGAGUAGAUAUAAGAAGGAAAAUAAGAGUAUAGAGAAAACACCAUUUUCUAGAAAUUUAAGAGUUAUGUUGAGAAAUUCAGAAGUGUUUUUUCUAAAAAAAGGGGUGAGUAAAAAAAUUAAAAACCCUAAAACAAACAAAUUCAAAUUAUUGAAAUUACUUAACUGCCAAAGUUAAGAAAUAAUAAAAUAAAUACCAUUCAAAAUAACGAAACCCAACAUGUUCAAAGUCAGUAUUACUAAAAGUAUAGAAAAUCUCCAAGUAGCAAUAUAAAAUUGCAUAAAAGAUCUAAAAAUAUUUCCUAAAUAAAUAGAAAAAGAAGUUAACUAAGCUCAAAAGAAUAUAAUUAUUCUAAGCCUAAUUUGCUAUUUUAAAAUACCCUAAAUAAUUCUAAUAAAUAUACCAAACAAAUUAUUAACUCCUCUGCUCAAAAUUCAUUUAAUUAGAUAAAUGCCAAUAAAAGCUAUAAAUAAUAAGGCUCUAUCCAUCAUUUUAAUUAUUUGUCUGGCAAUUCUAGUUUUGGAACUAAUUAAAUUAAUUUAAGUUAAAAAUAAAAAUUAUAUUUCAUAAACUAAUAAAUAAGUUAAAACCAUGAGUAAUAGCAAAAGAGUUUGAGUAUUUAGAUCUCAAAAAUAAAAAAAAAUUACAACGAUGAAUAAAUUUCUCGAAAUAUAUUUCCUUAGAGUAUUCUUGAUUGUUUCUUGGCUCUUUAAUAAUCAGAGCUAUUGUAUUUAAAGGGAGAGUAUUAUAAAGCAGCAUAACUGCUAACUUAACAGUUGUAAGAUGAAGAACUUUAUUUAUAACAUUUAAGACAUAAAAGACUUUUGAUGCUCCAAAAAAUAUUUUAUAGAGCAGAUAUUCAAAAUAUAUAAUUAGACAAAAUGAUAAAAAAUCAAAUGCAUAAUUAUAUUUUUAAAAUUUAAUUUGUUUCAAAUUGCAGAGACAGCUAAUCUCUUUCGAGAUCAUUUGAAUUGAUCAAUGACAUUUUCUAUGAGAUUUUAAAGUAAGACCUAGACUAACUAGGGCUCGUUACUUAUAAUUAUGAUGAAAAAUGCUACUGCUAAGAACUAUAAAUGACUUAAUAUGCUUAGCUUAAAUUAUCUAAUAGUUCAUUUAUAGAUAAUUUAUUGAUAUCUGUAUUUUAAAAGUCUUCAAGUAAUAAAAACAUAAAUAAUGAUUUUAAAAACCUAAAAAUAACCAAAUGUAUUAGUUACUAAAAUUAAGAAGGACAAAUAAAGUAGGAUCCUAAGAAUUCUUUCUAAAGUUAGGCUAAUUAUUAGGAAUCUCUUUAAAGUGAAUCGAAUAACCAUGAAAAGGAAAAUAUUUUCAAAUAAUAAUUGUAGAAUAAAACAAAAUUACAGUAACCUUAUUAAGCUGAUAGCAUCUUUGAAAACCUAUUUCAUAAAUAAGACUCAUAAAAAAAUAAUUAAAUGCAUAUUAGUAAUUUAGAAUUCUAGGACUUAUAAAUAAAUACUUUCACAAAUUAGAAAAAUUAAAAUGAAUAGACUCUAGGCAAUACUUAAAUUAUUUAGAAUAGUGUUUAUAAUACAAAUGAAUUGAAAUCAAUAAAUUAAUUAUACGACAACUAGAAAACAUUUUAGCAAUUACAAAAUAAACAAAAACUUUUAGAUGAAAACUAUUAAGAUUAAAGUUUAGCAAAUAUGAGCAUUUAUAGUAAUUUACUUAAUUAAAAAAACAGAAGGUAAAGUAAUAAACUGCUUUUAAAUUAAGUAACUAAAGAAGCUAAAGAUCUUAAUAUUAUAAAUAACUCUAAUCGUGGAUGUUUUAAAGAUGAUGAGUACUCUGCAGCAACGUUUAAAAAUCAAAAAAGUAACUUUUUCAACGACUACGAAGAUCUAAAUGAUUUUUAGUAGCUAGUUAGUAAAUAAGAAUUGUUCCAAGAUUCUUUUUCCAAUAAUUUAUACUCCCCAAUCAAAAUUGAUUCCCCAUUUGAGUAAUAGAAAAAUUAAAAACCAUAAAUAUUUUUUGGAUCAAGCGUUAAAGAAGAAGCACACUAAUAAAUUUUUAGAAAUCAAACAGUUGCUUAAACUUUUGAAAAAAAUAGUUCAAAUUUAUAAAAAUUAGAUGUUGAUUUGAUAGUUAAUGCAGCAUAAAAAAAUGCUUAUCAAAUCUAGGAUGCUUAGUCUAAAAUUGAAUCAGCUCGUUCAAGUAUAAAUUAUUAGGUAUCACCACCAAAUAUUAGAAAAGCAGAGUCUUUCUUAUAUGUCUAAUAGCCUAUUGAUAGUUUAGAAUAAACAAACAAAUAACAAUAAAUCGAUUCUUAAUAAAAACUGAGCUUAUUUUCUAAAUAGUAGAACCUAUAAAAAACAAACUAUUUGGAGCACCAAUCCUAAAUAAAUUAGAAUUCUAUUAAUCCAAAUUAGGUUACAUCAUCUAUUGAAAAGUAAAAGCUUAUUGAAUAAAUUAAAAAGAAAUCAUUAAGCUUACAAAAACAAAAAUCUAAUCCUUACAAAUUAAAUACUAACAAUCAUUAAUAAAAUUUAAUUAUAAAUGACUUGUCUCAAGAAUAAACAGAAUAAGACGAUUCAUUUUUUAGUAAUAUAAACGAAAGCAAAGUAGAAUAAUCUUUUAGUGUUAGUAGCUAACUUAAUACAUACGAUAAAUAAAGCCAAAUUAAAAGUCCCAUAAGUUAAAGAGCUAAACCAUUAAAAUAAAUGAAUGUAAACUUAAAAAAAAUAAAUUCAUUGCAAAAUUUCUAGGAUUAUUCUAGUUAAUCAUAAUAAGUAAAUUAAAAUGAUAUUUAAAGCAAAUAAUCUAACAAUAUAAACGAAGAUAAAAACAGUAUUUAAAUAUAUAAAAGAAACCUGUUUAGAAGACUUUCUGUUUAAUCUUACCAUUAAAAAUAGUAAAUUUUUAAAAGGGAAAGCUACUCAUUAACACCAACCAGUAAUAAAAACUAUAUACUAUAAGAAUUUAACAGAAAUAAUGCAAAUACAAAUGUAUAAUCGUAUGAACAUUAAUAAUAAAAUUCAAGUGAAAAUUAAUAGUUUUUGAAUCUACCAUAAUCACCAUGCUUUUUAACUUUUCCUCAAAGCUCCAAUCAUCUUGAAAGCUAAAGCAAAAUUGACUAAAGAGUUCUUAAAGAUUACAAAAAUAACCAACCCUAAAUUAAAAUGCAAUCAAAUGAAGACAAAUAAUUCCAUUUAGGUAUGUAAAAGGCCAUCGUAUCUUUAUUGUAAUCUAAUAAUGAAAACUAAACAUACAAUUUUAUAAAGUCAAAGUUUGAGUUUAAUUAGUGCAUAAGCAAAGUAGAAAAAUAAAAAAUCACUUUAAAAAAGCAAUGCGAAAGUCCAAAAUAGAAAUUUCAAUAAUAAAAGUAAAAUUCAGAAAGUUAAUUUACCCAUCAAUAUUUAACAGACCAAGUAGCUAUAAGUGUAAAGAAGUUUAUCAUAUUUGCCACAGAUUAAAAUUAAAUAGAUUAAAAUACUGAAAUGUAUUCUAAAUUAUGCUAAAUGCUGUAUAAUAGCGAGAUAGAACUUCUUAUACUUCAAUUAAAUAGCUAAGACUCUGUGAAUGAGACAUCAAUAGACUCAGAUUCAUACUAUUAAUAAAAGUGUGUCAUUAAAUUUUUCUUUUCCUCAAAUAAAUUACUAUAAUAUAUAUAUUCAUAAAGAUCAAAUUUCAAUGUAAACUUACUACCGCUUAUUAUAGAGCAUUUUUAAACGACCUUCUUGUUUGUAUUUCUUUUCUGA